UAAAGAAGACUUUUCAAGUUGUCAGUUAGAGCUGUGGGGACCAAAGCGAUGUGAACACCAAUAUUAAUGAUAUUAGUAGCGAUUAGGUAUGAACAGGAAACGAGCUUUGAUUUCAGACACUUUCAAGGUGAAGAAAAGAAGAAAUGGAAUACAGAAGUUUGGAGCCAUCAGUGAUGGAGAUGGACCAACUGACAUCAGAUUCACCCUCGAGUAUCUCAUGACGCUGUUCCCCAGGAAGCUCUUCAAUGACAGCCUGCCUCAGAUCGUUAUGAAGCACCAACUCUACAGCAUUCACAAUGACAAGACGUUGGUGGACAAGGAGCUUAAUAAACUGCGGGAACGAGGAGAGCUGCUGAUGUUCCAGCUCGGGUUCGAUGCGGAUGCUUUCGGGCUGGUCUUCGCUGCAGAUUACAAGGCCAAAGUGCUGGCGGGGGAGGACGGCAGGCCGACAAGAGCCACAGUGGAGAGGUUCUUGGAGAAGUUGUCGUCUCCUUGCACAGAACUGAGCUUCAGCAAAGACAAGAUUCUUAAAGAGUUUCUCUUCACAGACUCUGAGAUAACGCAGCUGGUUAAGUCCGGGGUCCUGACUGUGAGGGACGCCGGCAGCUGGUGGCUUUCCAUUCCCAACUCUGGCAAAUUCACCAAGUACUUUAUACAAGGUCGUAAAGCAGUGCUGGGCAUGGUGAAAAAGUCCAAAUAUAGUGAAGUCCUAAAGGCAGAGCUGGAGGAGCGGAGAACAACCUCGCAUGUGAAAUUCCACAUGAAGUACCACAUCCAUGACAUCGUGGGUGCAGAGCUGGUGGAAAGCAUACCUACAACUUCAGGGACGUUGUUGCGACGUGUUGAGUCCUGAACCACAGCAACAAGCCUGACGAUUGGAAGAUUCAAAAAGGUUUAUGAACAGUGUUUAUUACGACGGAUGGUAAAUGAAUCAAGAUUUCAGUUUGAUUUUGUGCCAAAUGCAUUAUAAAAAAAAAACCUUGUGGGUUUAUGAAUUGUCAAUUAUGUUGACAUGACCGUGUCAGGUUUUGAUUUAUCUUGUAAUAAAGUUUUAUUUGCCUCAUUAUGGAAGUCACACUUUCUGUGCACACGAUGACGGUCACUUCUUCUGCUCACCAUUGAGAUCCGUCACCAGUGUUUCUAGGAUUGACUGACAGGUGGUCCGAUCAGAGCCUCGCAACCGUUACAAAUAAAGCUCAAUAUUUGAUUUAAGCUCAGUUGAUAAUCGAAUUCAUUCGAUCCCUGGCCGAUUUUAUUAGCAAUCCAAUGCAACCCAUCUGCCACUUAUUUUACAUUUAGCAAGAUCACAAUCUGCUCAUAAGUGAAUCAUUUUUACAAUGACGGGAAUGUUAUCUUAAGCACUUGGAGAUCAUUUUGCAUAACCUUGGAGUUAAAGACUAACCAAAGGACGAGAUCAACAUCACUUUCCAUUUUCUAGGUACAUUUGUAAAAUCAAAUACAAAAGUUCUACCAUAUUUUGCAAGGCUUUCUUACAUCGCAGAGCUAACAGUUGUAUUAAAUGGAAACAUUUUCCAGUACUGCUUAAGUGCAUUAG